GUUGUUCACACUCAUCACGCAAGAUCUCAGAAGAAGUAGGGACAGUAAAUAAAUAGUCAAAAUAGUGUAUAUUUAAAUUUCAGUCUAGCAACAUUUGUAUUGUAUAACUUCACUCUUAUUUCAGUCUUGCAACAUUUUCAUUGUAUAACUUCACUCUAAACUUUCAAUCAAUCAAAAAUUCAUUCAUUCAAUCUUCCUUCAACUUUACGUCAAACACGACACAUUCUAACGAUCAUCAUUUUCAAGUAAAAUAAAUUAUUAUACCAGCAUCAACAUCAAGCAUCUUUCAUUGGAAGUACGCACCAAACACAGGCAGGCAGGCAGACAUCAUCAUCAGCCCAAACAUUUGGUCCUUCGAGCCGGAUCUUGAAGAAAAUUGGACCACCCAGCCUGACCACGUGUAAGCGGACCCGGAGCAUUGGACAAAGGACCAGGCCACGCCAGCGACGAGCAGCCACAAUCAGCCUCAUCGCGGUAAGACGUGCCAGCCGAGAACUCCAACCCGAUUCCCCUUACCCUUGUGUUAAUACCGUACUUCAUAUCUAUUCCAGCCAUCCUUGAGCUGUGUUGCUGCAAACUGCGUGCUAGCUUCAAGCACACCAUCACACGUCACCAAACUUCAUCACAUCAUCAUAACCGCAAACAUCACUUCACUACACUGUUGUUCCGGGACGAGCACCUUCGGCAGCUUCACGCCGCACCGCAGGCCUUGCUAUACACCCUACGCGAGACAUGGUGGCCGGUGCGAGGGCGCGACGCCGCCCGCCGGACCGUGCACCGGUGCGCGAGGUGCGCACGUCUACGCGCUAAACCGCUCACGCCCCUUAUGGGUAACCUCCCUUCUGAACGCAUCAGCCCUGGGUUCGCCUUCAUCAAUACGGGUGUAGAUUACAUGGGUCCCGUGUACAUUUUAAAUAGAAAAGGUAGAGGCGCUCAAACCGUUAAAGCUUAUGUUUGCAUUUUUGUUUGCAUGGCAACUCGCGCAGUAAACCUGGAGUUGGUAGGGGACCUAUCAACUGAGGCCUAUCUUCUCGCCCUUAAGAGACACAUCUCACGCUAUUCAAAGCCAAAUACAAUCUUCAGCGAUAAUGGUAGAAAUUUUGUAGGCCUGAUGAACGACUUCACUAAGUUCCUAGGUAAAUGUUCCUCGGAAAUAAUAGAUUACGCCACAAGUCAAAACAUUAAAUUCAGCUUCAUUCCGCCUUUUAGCCCAAAUUUUGGUGGAUUGUGGGAAGCCGGGGUAAAAUCAUGUAAAUAUCAUUUGAGACGUGUGAUAGGUAAUUCACAUUUAACAUACGAAGAGUUCAAUACGGUAUUGGCACAAAUCCAAGCCGUCCUGAAUUCCCGUCCUCUAAGUCCUCUGUCCUCAGAUCCACACGACUACUAUCCUCUUAGUCCAGCUCAUUUCUUGGUUGGCCGUCCACUCACUGCUCCGCUCUGCGAGGACGUCAGCAACACUGCCUGCAACCGCCUCACACGCUAUCGCCGAGUGGAACAGAUCCGUCAGCAUUUCUGGUCCAGGUGGUCCAAGGAAUACAUAUCCGAGAUGCAGACCAGAACGAAGUGGAAAUCAAGACUCGAUGACCUGAAGCCAGACACGCUCGUGCUCAUCAAGGACGACCAGCUGCCUCCGCUAAAGUGGCACCUGGGUCGCAUCAUCACCACUGUUCCAGGGAGAGAUGGGAUCUCCAGAGUAGCAGACAUCCGCACUGAGAAGGGUGUCAUUCGCCGUGCCUGCUCCAAAAUCUGUCCUCUCUGGGAAGAAGAUGACUGAGACCAGCGCAACAUCCUCGGUUGAAAGACCAUCCUUUCAAGGCGGGGGGCAUGUUCACACUCAUCACGCAAGAUCUCAGAAGAAGUAGGGACAGUAAAUAAAUAGUCAAAAUAGUGUAUAUUUAAAUUUCAGUCUAGCAACAUUUGUAUUGUAUAACUUCACUCUUAUUUCAGUCUUGCAACAUUUUCAUUGUAUAACUUCACUCUAAACUUUCAAUCAAUCAAAAAUUCAUUCAUUCAAUCUUCCUUCAACUUUACGUCAAACACGACACAUUCUAACGAUCAUCAUUUUCAAGUAAAAUAAAUUAUUAUACCAGCAUCAA